GUCCGGGUAACCAUUUGGUUACCUGUUCAGGAGUCUAAUGGCUUGGGGGUAAAAACUGUUGAGAAGCCUUUUUGACCUAGACUUGGCACUCCGGUACCACUUGCCAUGCGGUAGUAGAGAGAACAGUCUAUGACUGGGGGGUCUGACAAUUUUUAGGGACUUCCUCUGACACCACCUGGUGUAGAGGUCAUGGAAGGCAGGCAGCUUUGCCCCAGUGAUGUACUGGGCCGUAUGAACUACUAAGUACCUUGCGGUCGGAGGCCGAGCAAUUGCCGUACCAGGCAGUGAUGCAACCGGUCAGGAUGCUCUGGAUGUUGCAGCUGUAGAACCCUUUGAGGAUCUCAGGACCCGUGUCAAAUCUUUUUCGUUUCCUGGGGAGGAAUAGGCUUUGUCGUGCCCUCUUCACGGCUGUCUUAGUGUGUUUGGACCAUUCUAGUUUGUUGUUGAUGUGGACACCAAGGAACUUGAAGCUCUCAACCUUCUCCACUACAGCCCCGUCGAUGAGAAUGGGGGCGUGCUCGGUGCUCCUUUUCCUGUAGUCCACAAUCAUCUCCUUAGUCUUGGUUACGUUGAGGAUAUGUUGUUAUUCUGGCACCACCCGGCCAGGUCUCUGACCUCCUCCCUAUAGGCUGUCUCUUCGUUGUCUGUGAUCAGGCCUACCACUGUUGUGUCGUCUGCAAACUUAAUGAUGGUGUUGGAGUUGUACCUGGCCAAGCAGUCGUGGUUGAACAGGGAGUACAGGAGGGGACUGAACACGCACCCCUGGGGAGCUCCAGUGUUGAGGAUCAGCGUGACAGAUGUGUUGCUACCUACCCUCACCACCUGGGGGUGGCCUGUCAGGAAGCUCAGGUUCCAGUUGCAGAGUGAGUUGUUUAGUCCCAGGUUCCUUAGCUUAGUGAUGAGCUUUGAGGGUACUAUGGUGUUGAACGCUGAGCUGUAGUCAAUGAAUAGCAUUCUCACAUAGGUGUUCCUUUUGUCCAGUUGGGAAAGGACAGUGCAAUAGAGAUGGCAUCGUCUGUGGAUCUGUUUGGGCGGUAUGUGAAUUGGAGUGGGUCUAGGGUUUCUAGGAUAAUGGUGUUGAUGUGAGCCAUUACCAGCCUUUCAAAGCACUUCAUGGCUACGGAUGUGAGUGCUACGGGUCUGUACUCAAUUUGGCAGGUUGCCUUUGUGUUCUUAGGCACAGGGACUAUGGUGGUCUGCUUGAACAUGUUGGUAUUACAGACUCAAUCAGGGACAUGUUGAAAAUGUCAGUGAAGACACCUGCCAGUUGGUCAGCACAUGCCCGGAGCACACGUCCUGGUAAUCCGUCUGGCCCCACAGCUUUGUGUAUGUUGUCCUGUUUAAUUAAAGGUCUUACUCGCGUCGGCUACGGAGAGCUGAUGCUCUCAUGCAUGCCUCAGUGUUGCUUGCCUCGAAGCGAGCAUAGAAGUGAUUUAGCUCGUCUGAUAGGCUCGUGUCACUGGGCAGCUCGCGGCUGUUCUUCCCUUUGUAUUCUUGAAAGCGGCAGCUCUACCCUUUAGCUCAGUGCGGAUGUUGCCUGUAAUCUACGGCUUCUGGGUGGGGAAUGUACGUAAAGUCAAUGUGGUGACGACGUCCUCGAUGCACUUAUUGAUAAAGCCAGUGAUUGAUGUGGCGUAUUCCUCAAUGCCAUAGGAAGAAUCCCGGAACAUGUUCCAGUCUGUGAUAGCAACAGUCCUGUAGUUUAGCAUUUGCUUCAUCUGACGGCUUUUUUAUAGACCGAGGCACUGGUGCUUCCUGCUUGUAAGCAGGAAUCAGGAGGAUAGAGUUGUGGUCGGAUUUACGAAAUGGAGGGCGGAGGAGAGCUUUGUACGUGUCUCUGUGCAGGUGAUCUAGAAUUAUUUUCCCUCUGGUUGCACAUUUAACAUGUUGAUAGAGAUUUGGUAGAACUGAGUUAAGUUUCCCUGCAUUAAAGCCUCUGGCCACUAGGAGCGCCACCUCUGGGUGAGUGUUUUCCUGUUUGCUUAUUUAAUUAUACAGCUGACUGAGUGCGGUCUUAGUGCCAGCAUCUGUUUGUGGUGGUAAAUAAGCAGCCACGAAAAGUAUAGCUGAGAACUCUAGGCAAGAACUCUAUAGCUGAGAACUCUAGGCAAGUAGUGUGGCCUGCAAUUUAUCACAAUAUCCUCUACUUCAGUUGAGCAAAAUCUAGAGACUUGUGUACCAGCUGGUGUUUACAAAUAUGCACAAACCCCCCGUCCCCGUCUUACAGGAGUAUGCUGUUCUAUCCUGCCGGUGCAGCGUAUAUCCCGCUAGCUGAAUAUCCUUUUCGUCAUUCAGACACAAUUCCGUGAAACGUAGGAUAUUACAGUUUUUGAUGUCCCGUUGGUAGGAUAUUCGUGAUCAUACCGUGUCUAAUAUAUUGUCCAAUGAUUGCACGUUGGCGAGUAAUAUUGACGAUAACAGCAGCUUUCCUACUCGCCUUCUGUGGGUCCUGACGAGGCAUCCGGCUCUUCGUCUUCUGUACCUGCGUCGCUUCCUCUUGUGAAUAACUGGGAUGUCGGCCCUGCUGGGUGUUUGGAGAAUAUCAUGUGAGUCUUGCUUGUUGGUGAAAAAAUCUUUGUCUAAUCCGAGGUGAGUGAUCACUGUCCUGAUAUCCAGAAGCUCUUUUCUGCCGUAAUAAAUAAUAAAUUACAAAUAACGCAAAAAAAACAUAACAGUACAAUUGAUUGGGCUCCCUGUCAUGUGCCUUUUACUAAGAAGUGGCAUCUUUCUGGGCACUCUACCAUAAAGGCCUGGUUGGUGGAGUGCUGGAGAGAUGGUUGCUCUUCUGGACGUUUCUCUGAUCUCCACAGAGGAACUAGAGCUCUCUGAGUGACCAUCAGUUUCUUGGUCACCUCCCUGACCAAGACCCUUCCCCCCGAUUGCUCAGUUUGGCUGGGCGGGCAGCACUAGGAAGACUCUUGGUUUUUCCAAACUUCGUCCAUUUAAGAAUGAUGGAGACCCCUGUGUCCUUAGGGACUUCCAACGCUUCAGAAUUUUUUGGGGUACCCUUCCCCAGAUGUGGGCCUCGACACAUUCCUGUCUCGGUGCUCUACGGACAAUUCCUUUGACCUCAUGGCUUGAUAUUUGCUCUGACUUGUACUGUCAACUGUGGGACCUUAUAUAGAUAGGUGUGUGUGCCUUUCCAAAUUAUAUCCAAUCAAUUGAAUUUACCACAGGUGGACUUCAAUCAAGUUGUAGAAACAUCUCAAGGAUGAAUGGAAACAGGAUGCACCUGAGCCUCAGAAAAUGGUCUGAAUACUUAUGUAAAUAAGUUAAAAAAGGUAGCGGGGCAGAGUGAUGCUGCUAAGCGGCUUGAGCUUCAGGAGCAGAUCGAGGAGCUGAGAGCUGAACUCAACCACCUGGACUCUCAAAUCAAUGGGACUGAAGCACAGCUAGUUACUGAAGAAGAGUCCAUUAACUGGAGCUGGGGAAUGGUGGAGGAGAACCAACGCAGGGAGCUGCUUUUACAGGCCUUUAAGCAACGCUGCAUGAAUGAGCGCCAAGUUCUCUCAGAGGAUACCCGCAAAAUCAGUGGACACUCCCAGGUUCUGGAGCAGCUGUCUAGGAAGGCAGAGCUGGAGGUGGUGUUUGGAAAUGAAGCCUCCAAUAGCAGUGGGGACUAUCUCAACCCAACAGGAGCAGAGCCUCAGGUUCUGCGUAAUGUGAGAGAGCUGUGUGAUGAAAGACUCCUCUUCUUCCAGUCUUUACAAGAGAGUGAGCUGAAAAUGGCAUCCUCCACUGCCACAUACUUGACUCGUGAACAGAGAACUGCAGUAUUUCAGCAUUGGUUAAGUGCUGUGGAGGACCUGUUGCGAUGCUAUCCUCCAAACCAAGUGCUGUCAGCCUUGCAGUACCUGGCCUUGGGACAGGAAAUUACAUUGCAGGAGAAGCUUGCCUCAUUGGAUGUGGCUCAUGAUGUUGCCGCAUUACGGUUUCGCUACGAGAGUAAUCACCUGUUAGACAUCUCGAAAGAAGAGGAAGAGCUACCACCCGUUAAGAGUCUUUUACAGUCAGCCUGGGAGGAGGUGGAACAGAGUCUGAUGGAACUGGCUCAAACGCGUUCACAAAUUCAACAGCUGAAGACCCAGCUUCAUGCCCGAAAGAAUGAGGCAGAGUUGGAGCUGCUUGGCGGGGAAUCUCAAACCCAAGCCCUGGCGCAGUCAGUGUUUGAGCUGGAGAUGCAGUGUGUGAUGCAGGCAGCAGUGCGAGAUGGUGUGCGAAACCAGUGUGUUGAAAUGGAGCAACAUGCCAGGGACAGACAGGAGGCCCUUCGCAACCUGCGGAGACAAUGGCAGAGCAUCAUGGACUUCAGACAGCUUGUGGACGUCAGGCAGGAACAGACAAGAGGUCUGAUCAAGGGGAAUUCAACAGCUAAGACUGAACUGACUCGCGUGCACAAGGAGAUUGGCCAGUUUGUCCAGGGAAAACUGACUCCCCAGUUUGGUGAAGUUCUUUCAGCAGCCAAUAGGCUUCGCAACUCUGUGUCCCAGGAGGCCAGACAGUUUGGAAACGUGUCACUAGUAACACUUGAUCGCAGGCUCAUUGAAGGCGAGCAGAGUAUUCCAGCUGCGUGGUUAUCUAUCCAUCGCUUGCAUUCCUCACCCUUCCACAAUCUGUGUCAAAGCAUGGCUUUUCCAAUGUACAGGGCCCCUGAGGAACUGUACUCGCAAGCUCUAUCCCAGCAUUUGGAGCUUCGCUUUCUGCGUCGUUUGCUGCAAUUUCACUCCUCCUCUUUAGCAAAUGUAGAGAAGCAAGGAGCGCUGCUACCUGCACCUGACCAACAAGCCCUCCUGCUACGUGUCCUGGAGGAAGAUAAGGAGCUGCUUCAGUCUUUGUUACCCAGGGUUUGGGAGCUCACCCAGUGCUGCUCACAGGGCCUUUCUUACGGGAAUCAGGUCAAGACUGCCAUUUCCUAUUGGUGGGAUCAGCCUUCUCAGUUUGCUCUGCCUGACAUACGCAAGGGGGGACUGACUUUUCAGCAGUGGCUACAGAGGUGGAAAUUUGCAGCCAAGGCUUCUUAAUGAAUUCCAUAGAAAAUAGACAAGUGCAUAGAUGGACAACAAUACUUGUCUAAAACUAAAAUUUUAUUCCCACUAAGGUUAAUUUACUAUAUUGUUAGUUUUUCACAUCUCCUUUUUGCCAUUCAAUGUACACUACAUUGCCAAAAGUAUGUGGACACCCUUUCAAAUUAGUGGAUACGAUUAUUUCAGGCACACUCGUUGCUGACAGGUGUAUGAAAUUGAGCACACAGCCAUGCAAUUGCUAUAGUCAAACAUUGGCAGUAGAAUGGCUCGUACUGAAGAGCCCUGUGACUUUCCAAAAAGUCAUUUUUUUCCCUUCAUAUUUCUGCGCUGCUAUAGCUGCCCCUGUCAACACAGUGCUGUUAUUGUGAAGUGGAAAUGUCUAGGAGCAACAGCCCAACCGCAAAGUGGUAGGCAACACAGGCUCACAGAACAGGAUUGGCGAGUGCUGAAGCGAGUAGCGCGUAGAAAUCGUUUGGCCUAGGUUGCAACACUCACUACCGAGUUCCAAACUGCCUCUAGAAGCAACGUCAGCACAUUACUGAUUAUCGGGAGCUUCAUGAAAUGGGUUUCCAUGGCUGAGCAGCCGCACACAAGCCUAAGAUCACCAAGCGCAUUGCCAAGCGUCGGCUGGAGUGGUGUAAAGCUCGCCACCAUUGGACUCUGGAACGUUGGAAACACGUUCUCUGGAGUGAUGAGUCACACUUCACCAUCUGGCAGUCCGACAGAUGAAUAACAAUGCUACUUGCAUGAAAGAAUAGUGUCAAAUGUAAAGUUUGGUGGAGGAGGAAUAAUGGUCUGGGGCUGUUUUUCAUGGUUCGGACUAGGCCCCAUAGUUCCAGUGAAGGGAAAUUGUUACUGUGCUUCCAACUUUGUGGCAACAGUUUGGGGAAGCACUUUCCUGUUUCAGCAUGACAAUGCCCCCGUGCACAAAGAGAGGUGCAUACAGAAGUGGUUGGUUGAGAUCGGUGUGGAAGAACUUGACUGGCCUGCACAGAGCCCUGACCUCAACUCCAUCAAACACCUUUGGGAUGAAUUUGAACGCUGACUGCACACCAGGCCUAAUUGGCCAACAUCAGUGCCCAACCUAACUAAUGCUCUUGUGGCUGAAUGGAAGUCCCCGCAGCAAUGUUCCAAGAUCUACUGGAAAGCAUUCCCAGAAGAGACUGUUAGAAAAAAGGUGGGACUAACUCUAUUAAUGCCCAUGAUUUUGGAAUGAGAUGUUCGACGAGCAGGUGUCCACAUACUUUUCGCUGUGCCGUGUAUAUCACAAGUAAAUUGCUGUUGUCUUUAUGCCAUUAAAUCAACUUUGCCUGCACUUUAUCUUUUUCUUAAAGAGUUUGACGGUUUAUCUCAAUCACAAAUGUAAUCCUAUUUGAACAAGACCGUUUACGUUAGUAGUUAUAUCAUCAAUACAUAAAAAUAAAUUAGCUUGUUAUUCCAUAAAUAGGACCACUUUGUCCAUGGUAUGGUUUUUCUCAGUCUGGAUGGUUGGAGUUGUAUGAAUACUUCUAAAAUAAAAUUGUAUUCAUCAGGUACACACAACAGGUAUAGUUUGUGCAGCGAAAUGCUUGUGCUACCUCCCUUAAAUUCACAGUGCAAUAAAACAAUAAGUAAUAGAAGAGUAUGCAUAGCUGAUAUGUAUAGAGUAUGAAUGUGCUAUGCCAAGUAUGACUGUAUUUACAAAUAAAGAAUCUAAUACAAA